AUGGCGAUUACUAUUUUCAGGCCUUCCAUAUCUCAGUCUCAUCGACUUUUACGAUCAUUUCCCACCACUCUUGAAUCACAGAAGGUGAAUUCUACUUCAAUUCCAAAGAAGAGGAGGUUGGUUUGUUGUGCUCCAUCGGAAUCUAAUCCUGUUCGGUCAGAGGUGUUGUUUUGUGUUGGAACUCACCUUAUUCCACACCCCAACAAGGUUGACAAAGGUGGGGAAGAUGCCUUCUUUGUGAGCAGCUAUAGUGGAGGAGUUAUUGCUGUUGCAGAUGGUGUUUCUGGGUGGGCUGAACAAAAUGUGAAUCCUGCAUUAUUCUCUCAAGAACUGAUCUCUAAUGCUUCACACUUAGUUGGAGAUGAGGAGGUUAACUAUGAUCCUCGCAUUCUUAUACGGAAAGCACAUGCUGCUACCUCUUCCACAGGUUCAGCUACUGUGUAG